GGGUCAAGGAGGGGCUUAAUCAGUGCAAUAAGGGGCAAUGAAAUAAGGUUUGAAAUGGUAAAAAAAAAAAAAAAAGAAAAGAAAAGAAAAUCGUUAACGUCAGUUGAGUAGGCGAACCCUCAAUAUUGCCCACGACACUUUUUCACUCACUCUCCUUAAAGACGAGGCCAUAUGUGGCCCAGACCGCCACCCAAUGUGGCCGUCCUUGAUGUGUCUUGGGUGCAUUCACACCUAUACUCGGAGCUGUCCACUUGUGAUCAGAUCACCCGAGACCCAUGUUAAUGUCAGGUCAGAACAGGGCCUUGGUUAACAUAAUGUAGGAUCUUCUCCUCUAAAAGAAUGUUAUGGAAACAUAAUACUGAAACACAGCUAUACACAGACAUCCAUUUAAUAUACUCUUGAUAUUUACCUUUGCAGAUUAAGCAUAAUAUCAAUAGGGAAGCUAGACUGCUGUUUGUUUUUUUUGUUUGUUUUUUUUUAAAGCAAAAAAGAAAAGCAGUGUUGGGUUUUACAAGCACUUACUUGUAAGUCUAAAUAGUUCAUAGAAUCCACUUAGGCAGCAGGAAAAGCUGCAACUUGGGACUGGCAUUUUACACUUUUGGCUUCAUUCAUCUCCAACUGGCAUUUAGACUAAAGUCUAUGAAAGCCAGAGUUUUCCCAUACUUGUACUUUUGAGAGUGUACCAAAUUUUUCUCUCCUAGCACUGGUAAGACUAACUCAAUGGCUGAUGUGUAUGAUAUUCUGGAUGAAACUUACUCUUGACAAAUAACAAACAAGUAGAGUAAUACACCAAACAUUUUAUUUCAUCUGCAUGGUUUUUUUUAUUUUUGCAUGCUUUUUGUGUUUUCUGGGACUGAUAUAUAGACUGUAUUCUGUAUCUAUUCUGUAAAAGUUAGUGCCUGUAGUGCUGAGUCAAAUAGAUCAAUCCCUUUGUGUCUGUAAACCUUCCUGCAUCUCUCUAAAUAAUCCAAAAGCCUGUACUUGUUGUUCUCCUUUUUUUUGUUAUUUUUUCCUGCAACGGAUCAAAGAUGAUGUCUAAGAAGAUCCCCCAGUGCUCUGCAGCCGAUCAGUCAGAGCAUGAACCCAACCACUGUCAGGUGGACCGGUCUGCGAACGCAGCACUGGGGUGUAGGAACAAGACUGAAUCAGGCCAGAGAAAUGGAGAGACGGCAUCAUCCUCCCCAGAGAGUGGUAGCUUGAAUGGAGAUGGAAAGCGCAGCGGGAAAAGCCGACGCCGCAAGAAACGUUCAUCUAAUCCUGAGAGCCGCCCUGAAGAGAAGGUAGACAGUAAGACCAAGACCGAAGGGAAGCCAGCCAAAAAGCCGAGCCAGCCAUCUGACCCCCGUGCUGGUCUGAUGGCUCUACGGUCGGAGUGUGCUAAUGUGUGGUUUGAACGCAGCAGCUACGAGCGAGCCGAGAGCCUCUACCAGUGCUGGUUGGCAAACUCUUCCAAUGGGACCACCCAAUCAAAACGGUCACCUCCGGCACGAGGGAAACACUCAAACUCUCCAUCCGCUCCAUCUUCAGUCUCAGGACUGGCUUGCCACCAUGGCGAUCAGGUGGCUUGUCAUCAUGUUGUCCAGUCAGUGUGGGUGAACAAGACAACCUUUGACCAAGCAGAACGCCGCUUUGUUGAAGCGUCCAUGCAGCCGUCCAUUCCAAACUCUCUGAACCUCCCAUCCCCACCUAACCGCUCCAUCGCACCCAGAACUCCUGAUGAAGGAUAUCAGUCUCUAGUUCUGACUCCUGCGACCCCUGUGAUCCAGCAGGCAGCCGUCACACCAACCAAUCGACAGUCGAUCAACGGAUUGCCUCGCAUCCCAGUGGAGUUGCUUAGGGAUGUGUGGCUGGAGAAACCGCUGUAUGACCGUGCGGAAGCUGCCUUUUAUCAGAAACUAUAUGGCAACAAUUCCUCCAAGCGCUCCAGCUGCACCUCCACAUCCAGAAGUAGCGACCAUCCUCAAAGCCUUGUGGAAGAGGAGGAGGAGGAGGAAGAAGAAGACAAUGAAGAGGCGGUGGUGGAGGAAAAACGGGUGGUGCAGCAGGGUAAAGCCGAAGUCUUUCACGCUCUGCACCCGAUCCAAGAAGAAGAGGAGCCAGCUGAGGUCCCCGAGAAGGAAGCCUCGUCGGGGGCAGGAGUCCGUUACCUCCUUCACCCAGACAGCGAGCGGGUGUGGCUGGACAAGUGGCGUUAUGAUGCUGCAGAGAGCCGUUUCCAUGGAUACAGUGGGAAUAAAGCUGUGGUGGUGAAGAAAGGUCGCAGGCCAGAGGCUGAGGCCUCACCAGUUGCCUCCACCGCCCCACUGAGGGACAACAACAUGAGCACCGUCGACUUUCUGGCCCAGGAGAAGAUCUGGUUCGACAAACCUCGCUAUGACGAGGCAGAGAGACGCUUCUAUGAGCGCAUGAAUGGCCCCUCACAACCAACACAGGAUGUUGGAGCUAACACCAUUUUGCAAGACAUUGCACGGGCCCGAGAAAACAUCCAGAAAUCUCUUGCAGGACUGAAGACUACACUGUGUAAGAGAGGAACUGGUCAACCUCCCAUAAGCCAACACUCCCAGCUUAGCACCAGCAGCAGCAGCGCCGCUGAUCAAGGAGAAAUCGUCUCUCGCAUCAAGAGCCUAGAGCUGGAGAACCAAAGCUUACACAAAGUGGUGGAUAACUUAAGGGCAGCGCUUUCCAAACUGGAAUGUCGGGUAGCGGUUCUGGAGAAAUCUCCUGUGGCUGUGACCUCGGCUCCCGCCCAUUCUGUCCCUUACACAAAUGGCACUACCGUCCAGCAGAAAACCAGUGCCCCAGUUGAGGAGGAGGACGACGACGACGAUGAUGACAUUGAUCUGUUCGGUAGUGAUGAAGACGAAGAGGCAGAUAAACUGAAAGAGCAGAGAUUGAAAGAGUACGCAGAGAAGAAGGCCAAGAAACCCACCAUCAUCGCCAAGUCCUCCAUCUUAUUGGAUGUCAAACCUUGGGAUGAUGAAACAGACAUGGCGAAGCUGGAGGAGUGUGUGCGCUCAGUUCAGACUGACGGUCUGUUAUGGGGCACAUCCAAGCUGGUUCCUGUGGGUUACGGCAUCAAGAAGCUCCAGAUUGCAUGUGUGGUGGAGGACGACAAGGUGGGAACAGACUUGCUUGAGGAGGAGAUCACCAAGUUUGAAGACUAUGUCCAGAGUGUCGAUGUAGCAGCCUUUAACAAGAUCUGAUCCUAGUGUGUCUGUUUCUGUCUUUCGUCACGCCUUGUUUCUCUGCUGAUUAUGUCAACGGUUAAUUAUAAUAAUAAUAAAAUCCAACUCUAGCACUGAA